UGAAUCUUAAGAGGUGCGGGGAGCAGAGAGCACAGUAGUCGCAAAGGAGGUCGUUGGGCCGGGCCAUACUGUGAAAGGGAGAACGAUGGAGCGAUUGGUGCAAAUAUAUGUCAUUCAUCCACUGCGUUACGUUGCACUGCAGCUAGUAGCCAGUGUACACACACAUUUUGAAUGAAAGUCGUCAAGUGCUCCACACUGAGACCUCCACCAUCUGGCAAUAUAUGAUAAGUGCCAACAGUGAAAUUAUUCUUCAGCGUAUGUAUCUAGUGAGACUGUAUAAAUCGUGCUAGGGCUUCACUUUGAAACAAAUACCGAGGAGAAGUGCCUGUCUCCGUGGCGAUGCAGCCGCUCACGGCACAGCUCUUCGCCGGACUGGUUGCAGUGGUGCUGUCCGUGCUGCUAGUGCAGUGUUGGGCGGACGCCGGUGGCGGCCCCAGCCUCGCUGAAAGGGUUAUCUGGGCUGUCAAUGCUGGAGGGGAAUCGCACGUUGACGUCCACGGUAUUCACUUCAAAAAGGACCCUUUGGAAGGCAAACUCGGUAAAGCAUCUGAUUAUGGGAUGCGUCUGCCGAUCCUUCGCUCCAGCCCUGAGGAUCAAGUACUCUACCAGACAGAGCGCUACAAUGAAGACACUUUUGGAUAUGACAUCCCUAUACGAGAGGAAGGCGACUAUAUACUCGUAAUGAAGUAUGCAGAAGUUUACUUUGCCCAGUCACAGCAAAAGGUUUUUGACGUUCGACUAAACGGCCACGUAGUAGUGAAAGACCUGGAUAUCUUUGAUCGAGUGGGUCACAGUACAGCGCACGAUGAAAUCGUGGCCUUCUCCAUUCGACGUGGAAAGCUGAGUGUACAAGGAGAGGUGUCCACUUUUAACGGCAAGCUCACGGUGGACUUUGUAAAGGGCUAUUACGAUAACCCGAAGGUGUGCGCUCUGUAUGUGAUGAAGGGAACUCCAGAAGAUGUGCCCAAACUCCAGCCUCACCCUGGCUUGGAGAAGCAUGAGGAAGAGGAAGAAGAAGAGGAAGACGGAGAGGGAGGGGACGACGUUGGCAAGAAGAAGAUCCCGCCAGAUUCCAAGCCCAGGGUCCAGUCGGGACCCCGAACGCCGAAUCCGUACGCUGCCGACAACAGCAGCCUCAUGUUCCCCAUCCUGGUGGCCUUCGGCGUCUUCAUCCCCACUUUGUUCUGCCUCUGUCGGCUGUGAGAGAACUGGACUUACGUGAGACCGACAUUUGAGGGAUGGCGACCUUGAGGAGCUAAAGCGUACACACGACUUGGAAGAAAUAUAUGAACCAUGGAGGACAAGAAAACGAGUGCAGGAGGAGGCGAGGGACUGCAAGCGGAGCGAUGUUUGCCUUCCACCUUCCGCUCACCACUUUGAACGACAUUCUUCAUCUGUCAUUUCCAAGGCGAAGUCUUCAAAAGUCUGCUCAGUCAACACUCGGCGUCCUUCAUCAGGGGCUGUUGUGCCAAUAGUGUGGCUAAAGAAACCCACUCCUCAACAUCUUGCCCGACAUGGGUUUAGGAACACGAUCCAUACAGAAUAAACCCCAAGAGUGACUAUGGGAAUACAGCCACCAUCUUCUUUUUCUCUUCGUGUGCCCAUCGUAAAUGUUCUAUUACCUCACCUGCUAUGCAAAGCUUUUUAUGGGAAACAUUCAUCCCUCAUAUCCACUAGAAGAUGCAUGUACUACUACACUCUUUCUCCCCAUGAGUAAGACAAUUCAGUGCACUAGUAGAACAACUGAUGUUUUUUCCACUAAAGCGCAUUACUAGGACAACUUGGGUGUACUAGUAGGAAAUUGCUAGUUACUAGUGCAGCAAAACAAAAUGAGCAUUUGGGUGCUUAUAAGUGUGUGAGACACAUGCCUACUAGUUGGGCCAAAUGGUAUUGCUAGUUUACCAGUAAGGUUUGACUGGCUACUACUACACCAAAAGUUACACCAGUGGUGGGGGAAAAAUAAAUUUACUCAUAAGACCUUUUCUACUAAUGAGCUCUCAUCAUUUUGCUAGUACUCUGAAUUAUCUAAUACACGUACAUGAUGAUUAUGUUGGAUAUCAAGGAAAGGAAUACACAGAAAUGUUCAGCUUGUCAUACCUGGAGACCUUGUGAGUGUCCUCAACAGUAAUAAGCAUGGAUCCGUUUGAAAAUCCAAACGGUACAAAAUCCCAAACGCCUGUCCCCAUUGUGAUCUAUUAUCUUAGUUUGCCACCCUUUUGGUUCACCCUCGUGUCAUUUUAAAACUACAAUUUCCAUGAGUAUUUGACAACUCGUUUUGUUUCUUCCCGCUUUGGUCAUGAAGCGCUCACUUUAACUUUGUACGUGAGUGGCAGGCAAAAGAAGAGGGAGCCUGUAUUCCCUUGCACUUAUUUCUUUCACUAGUAGUUGGGUUCGGUUGGCCGAUGGCCUUCUGCUGGCAGGGAGAGGCUGUGCCGCUCAUCCCUAAAAUGGUUCCAGUGGGUUUUACAAUAACAUGAAGAAAGCACAUCACAGUCGAUUAAAAACAAAUGUUUACUCCACGUCUUUUGAAUUCCCAGAAGCCUUUUAAAAACCUCUUUGUCUUAAUCUUCCCCAAAUGUUGUCAACCUGGACUUUUAGGUUUAGAUCAGAUGUGUUUUUGCGGUUCUCGAGCAAACUUUUUAUUUUAUUUUAUUUCUUUUGCUACAUCUAUCCUGCCCAAGGGCCUCCUUAUCUGAGUCCUCUUUGUGGUUUCGUCUUGGCCUUAGAAAUUCAAGUCCUGUGGAUCCUGCCUUGCUCCUCCUCAUCUUUCGACUGAUAGUAGAACAAGAAGUUGUUCAUAUACUGUAGUGCCAUUUUCUUGCGUUUUGUCACCAAUUUUUAAAGAUGUGACUUAAGCACCCUCUGUCCCCAUGAGAAAGGGUGCAAAGACAUCAUUUAUUUCAGCACCAAGGUCACCAUGUUUGCUGAUCUCCAGUCGUGUGUAUCCACGUGUUUGUGUGUAUGGUACAGGAUCACACAUUUUCAUUCAACGGUUUUCUUCUUUUUUGUCGGAACUGAUUGUUUUUUUUUUUGUUUUGUUUUGUUUUUUUUUUUUUAAGUUUUCUCUUAGAAAUUUGUGGCCUUUCUGUAGGAGAGGAACAGCUUUUGGUACACAGUGUGAACAACAAAGAUGGACAGACAAAUGUAAUGGCUGUCACAAAAUCAAAUAAAUUAGCUUCUUUCAGAAAAUAUGGGCUCUUCCAUUUAUGUGUAAUUUAAAUAAGUGUCUGGCUUAUCGGAAAAUAUGUUAUAAUGCAUUUAGAUUGUUGCCUCAGGAUCUUUUGUUUUUGUUUGGAAUAGUGAAAUAUAUUUUGUUGGUGUGACAUUUUGCACUGCCUCA